AUGUAAAACUUUGAAUAACAAGUAGAUCAAGAAUAAAAUACUAACUAAAAAUAAUAAUAAAAACAAAUACAAUAACCCGUGAUUGAGCAACAGAUAAAGAAGGAACUAAAUGAACCUAUGAAAAUUAAGAAAAUUAAGAAACAUAAGAAACUUAUGAAGCCUAAGAGACAUAUGAAAUUGUGGAAAUUAAUUAAGCUGUCGAUACCUGAUGAACCUGAUUAAUUUUAAUUUGAUGAACCUGAUUAAUUUUAAUUUGAUGAAUCUGAUCAAUCUUAAUUUGGUAUAAUUACGAUGAUGAGCGCAGGAAUGAAUGGAUGUGAUUUUGAAUUCUUAGCCCUAUCGGAUUCAAAGCUUGAUCUAAUAAAGAAAAUUAUAAGAGAGGAAAUAAAAUAAGAGAAUUGA